GUCUCCCGGGGUCUCUCCCUGCAGUUCCACGUAGUGAUCGGCUCGGAGGCGGAAGGGCUGUACAACCUCAACUUUCACAACUGCCACAACAGAGCCCCGGCAAACCAGAUGCCGUACGACAUCACUGUGAUGAUCCGAGAGAAGAACCCGGACGGGUACCUGUCGGCUGCUGAGAUCCCCCUCAUCAAACUCUAUCUGGUCAUGUCCGCUUGCUUCCUGGCCGCGGCCACCGUGUGGGUCUACUUCCUCUGCCAGCACAAGUUCAGCGUGUUCAAAAUCCACUGGCUCAUGGCUGCCUUAGCGUAUACCAAGGCCCUUUCUCUCCUCUUUCACAGCAUCAACUACUAUUUCAUUAACACCGAGGGUCACCCGAUCGAGAGCUUAGCCGUCAUGUACUUUGUGACCCACCUGCUGAAGGGUGCCCUGCUCUUCAUCACCAUCGCGCUGAUCGGGACAGGCUGGGCCUUCAUCAAGUACAUCCUGUCGGACAAAGAGAAGAAGCUCUUCGUGAUCGUCAUCCCCCUGCAGGUGCUGGCAAACAUCGCUUACAUUAUCAUUGAGUCCUCGGAGGAGGGCAGCAGUGACUACGCCUCCUGGAAGCAGAUCCUCUUCCUGGUGGACCUGCUCUGCUGCGGGGCCAUCCUCUUCCCCGUGGUGUGGUCCAUCCGCCACCUUCCGGAGGCCUCCAGCACAGAUGGCAAAGCUGCCACAAACCUGGCGAAACUGAAGCUUUUCAGACAUUACUACGUCAUGGUGGUGUGUUACAUUUACUUCUCCCGCGUCAUUGCCAUCCUGCUCAAAUUCACCGUCCCCUUCCAGUGGCAGUGGCUCUACGAGCUCCUGGUCGAAGUAUCCACCUUGGUUUUCUUCAUCCUGACGGGAUACAAGUUCCGCCCGGCUUCGAACAACCCUUAUCUACAGCUGCCCCAAGAUGAGGAGGAGGAGGAGGAACUGCAGAUGAAUCAGGUGGUCACAGAAGCCGGCAUCCAUGAGGGUCUCUCCAAGCUGAAGAAGAGCAGGGCCGCCCGUGAGGCGGUGUGAGGCCUGUCCACCCAGACUGUCGCUAGCGCCCGGACCGUGGGGAGGCCGCCGGGUCCAAGCCUGAGGCCCGGCCGAAGAUUCCCAAGCAGGACAGAGAAAGCUGGGGUUUUGUGUUGAAUUCCUGCCUCUCUGCUCCCCUGCCCCACCUUGUGGCAGUGCUAAGAACUGCAUGGCCCUGUGCAAUUCCAGCAGCUGUUCCCAGAACCAGGCCUGUUCUCCGGACUGCAGGAAGUUCAGACGAACUCUGGAUGGCUGAGGGCUGCUGUCUCUUGUACGGGGCCGGGGGUGGGGACUUUGGCCCUUCUCCUUCAAGAGUGGUCUCCAGACCCAAUUCAUGCAUCCCUGCUGCUGGCUUAGAUGCAUCCUCCACCAGCAGCCCCCACCCUCACCGGCUCUCCUACCCCCUUCUCCUUCACUCCAUGACUAGCUGGGGCCGACCAGCCUGCCUAGCAAAGGUGGAGCUGGCAUUAAGCACCAACAUCUGGCUGGGGUCAAGGAGGUCCUGUACCACUGGGGUGAGUCGAUAGAUCAUUCCCGGGCAGAGGAGAAAUAAGUCGCAAUCUUCAGCUGAGACUAAGAGCUCACCAGCCCGAGGGUUGCUGGUGGUGCUGAGCAACAGGCCAGGAUCUAGACAACAUCUGAGCAGUGACGCUUGGCUCACGCUCAUCUGGAUCUCGGUGGCACCCCGAAAGGUGUGGUACCCUUUAGCUGUGGGCCAUGGUUUUCACUCUAGUAGUAGUGGUGCCUCCUUCCUGGGAGAAGCAGUUUUUCAGGGGCACGUUGCCCCUGGCUGCUUGCUAGACCCUGUCGGGUGGUGGGUUCAGGUGUGAUUCUAGCACUAAUUGGGACCUCAAGGCUUGCGUCUUGGUUGCACUCGCCUCACGCGUCUGCUCUGCUGAUCUCCCCAGGAGCUGGCUUCGUUCCUGCUCAGACCCCGGCGCUAGAUCCUGCAGGCUCAGCUCCUGCCCUUGGUUACCUGCGCAGCUCUGUGGAAACUGGGGUUCAGCCUUUAAAGGGAGCGAGCUGGGGCUGAUGGAAGAGAGAACCCGGCUUAAUUUUGCUCCCUGUGAGCUGGGGCAUCCAACCUGCUCCUCCUGUGGAACAAGCCUCUUUAACCCUAGACCCAGGGUAGGUGGGACCUGCUGUAUCCCUGCUGCGGUCGGCUCAGCACCCCUGGAACAGCAGGCCCGGAGCUGCUGUGCACCAGUCUAAAGGCAGGGGCAGGUGCUAACAUUGCGAGGCCAGGAAUGAUUUUUGGGACCAGGCCCCUGCUUGUGACACGGGUGGAGUUCAGGCCGGGGUAGAACAGCCAGUGUCCCGAUCUUAAAUGCAUUUAUACGACCUGCCCAGUGGCUGCAAUGUGGGGGAGGGGACCUCCCCACAAGUGAGAUCCUACUGCCGGGAUGGGGGUGGGUGACACCACCCUCUCUCUGGCUGCCUCUGUUACUCUACCGAAUAACUCUGCCCUGAGUUGUGAUGCCCUUGUAAGUGGGGGCUCAAUAACCCUCCCCCCACCCACUUAUUGAUUUAAAUUCCUCAUUAUUACUGGGAAUGGUGAUUAUCACACUCUUAAGCCUGGGUGGAUCCCCCAUUGUCUCAGCAGGGUUGGGUCAGCAUACCCACGGUGAAAGGAGUUCCUUGGCUUCAUUGUAACUUGCUGCACUGCCUGGCACGGGAGGUCUCCGGCUUUGUCUUAGGGGGGUGGGUGGGCUCUGUGCAUUCCACGCUCGUGUAUAAAUGGCCCUUUCCGUA